CGAUUUUAAUCCAAAUACAUUUUCGCACUCUCAUCCGGUGUAUACAACCUCAACUGGCUAAAACUGAGAUUUUCUUAAAAAGGCGUUUUGCAAAAAAAGAGAAAAAAUAUAUACAUAUAAAUUUUCUCAACGCAAUUUUAAGAUAAUAUAAUUUGUUUUUCUACCUUACGACGACAUUUAGAAAUAUUUCUUCACACAUUUGCAUUUUCUCUCAAAUUCAAGUAUACUCUUGUCAUUUUUGUCCUAAAAUAAUUUUUUUCAAUCAAAAUUUUUAGUGAUACAAAAAAUAAAGUUUGUGUGAAUAUAAAAUAAAAGAAAUUGUAUAUAAAUUUACAAUUUAUAAAAGAAAAAACAAAGGAGAAUCGAGUUGUGCAUAAAUCGUUCAUUUUUUUUCCUUGGAAUAAAACAGUUAAAAAGUAUUUCAAAAAUGAUUCUUAAAAGCCCAUCUAACGACUGGUCCGAUCAGUUCGAUAUUAUUGAAGAAGAAUACGAUUCUCUAUCAGAAGUAGAGGAAGAGACUGAUUUCUCCGAAUACUUAUGGAUGGAGAAUGAAGAAGAAUUCGACAAAGAUGAAUUACAACGACUUGAAGAAGAGGAAAUGAUGCAACAAUGUUUAGAAGCAAUGUUGGUUGAUGAACUCGAAGCUGAAAUUGAUGAAUGGCAAAAAGAAAAAGCAGAACAAUUGGACAAAGCUCUAUCCGAUCUUGCUGUUCCCGAACGCAAUGUCGAAAACUCAUCGCUAAAUCCCUUGGCUGAAGAAUUCAUUCCAAUGGAAAACUAUUUUAUAGAUCUGAUAAUAUCAUAAACAAAAAAACAUUUCCUUAAACCACAAUGGAACCCGCCCUCAACAAUCAGUUCAUCCCCAAAAUCGAGUUAAAAUUGAAACAUAUUUUAAAAAGAAAAAAACUUAACAAAAAAAAAAUACAAAAA